UAUACAAUGAGACCAAACCAAAACCAAACAAGAGAUUGAGAAGAAAACCGAUUUUUUCCUUUUAUUUAUUUUUAUGUUUAUAAAUUAAAAAUGGGAAAAUCGAUUCCCGUCAAAACAGGGCUAAGAGGAGCUUCCGCAGCAGUAGCUGGAUUCAUCAAAUCCUCAAAACCGAUCCGACCCAUUUCCUCCAUGGACAGUUCCGACAAAGAUUCAUCAUCCACCACCACCACCAGCGAAACUACACGACGUUUCGUUCCGCUUUCAUCGGUGGUUUCUGAUUGUGCGAAGCGGUGGUUUAAAGACACUCUUGAGGAAGCUAAAGCUGGGAACAUCACUAUGCAGGUUUUGUUAGGUCAGAUGUAUUACUCUGGGUAUGGAGUCCCUAAGGAUGCUAGAAAGGUUUCGUCUUUAUUCCCUCCCUUUCAAUCUCUUCUUUUCCAAGUUUUAGGUUUUUUUAGUUUGGUUGAUUUGAAAAUUCUCUAAUUUGAUUAGAUUGAUUUGCAAGUUUCUUCUUUUUUAGGUUUUUGAAUUUGAUUCUGUGUUUUAUUAAUGAUUAGGGGAGACUUUGGAUUACGAAAGCAUCAAGAGUUCGUUCUUCAGUGUGGAAAGUGAUAGAUAAACGACCAGGUUACAACGCAAGUGAUUCAGAUUCAGAGUCUGAUUAGCAUGUCCUGAUCGAGAGAGCUUGUGUUUGUUCUGUUUUGUUUCAAUCUUGGAUGAUCCAAGUUCCAACAAUGAACAAUAUCUUCUCUCUGCGCAUAUCUUUUGAUGCUUGCUAAUCAUUUUGUAGCUCUAUUACUCAAAUAUGUCUUCUUUUUUUAUUUUGUUUAAAUUUUGGUGAAUGCCUUUGCUCACAGUGUAUGAUUAUUCUAGCAAUGAAAAGGAGUUAAAAAAGGUACUCGUAUUGUUUUGUUACUUUUUCUAUGUUCCAAACUCCAAAGUAAACAAUAUCAGCGGGGUAAAAAAAAGUUCAGAAGAAG